AUGGCCCAAUAUAUCACGGGCCUUAUUGUCUAUCCCAUAACCUGUAUAUUUGGUAUCACUGGCAACAUCCUCACCUUGAUCGUUCUCUCCCACAAGGAUCUUGCCACGUCCACCAACGUCUACCUGUCGGCAUUGGCCGUCGGGGACACCAUUAAACUUAUCAAUGACACAUUGUAUUUCAUCGUUCUCUUAAUUAAAACAUGGAACCCCCUCAGAGGUGACGAGUCGCUAGCACGUCUUUAUCCUUACGCGCAUUAUUUAUUCAACUUGUCUGUUUGCAUUACCGGAUGGCUGACGGUGUCUGUGGCGUUUGAGCGCUAUAUCUCGAUCUGUCACCCGACUAGGGCGAAGGAAAUGUGUACCGUUUACAGGGCUCGAAUCGUCAGCACGUUCGUCUUCGUCUUCAUGGUGGUCUUCUCGCUUCCGUCGGCGCUUCGUUACAAGACAGUGCUCCGGCGGAGGGAGAUCACGAACGCCACCUACCUUGAUGUGGCCCUGACGGAACUUGGCAGCAACAAUGCUUUCAUGACGCCGUACACGUGGAUACAGAACUGCGUACGGACUUUGCUGCCACUUUUAAUACUCGUCUUCCUGAACGCCCGCAUCAUCCACGAAUUGAGAAAGUCACGAGUGCCGGGCAAGAAACUCUCCUCCCGGAACCGCAUCACCUUGAUGCUAAUAAUUGUCGUGAUCGUUUUUAUUAUCUGUGUGACGCCGGAUGCCAUUAUGUCGACGGUGUUCGGCUUCGGUUACUACGACGAGUCGAACUUAGUGCGAGGUAUUCGCGAAAUAACUGACACGCUUUUGGCUAUUAACUCGGCGUUUAACUUUCUGCUUUACUGUGCCAUGAGCAAAGCAUUUCGGGAUACGUUCAUCAAGAUCUUUUGCGGGAGCUGUUCGGGUUGUGAUUGCCGGGACGGUGAGGCUUGUUGUCCAAAAGAAUGGGUUAUUGGUGCGCACCAAACCCAGAAAAACAUUGUCGGUCUGGUUACUAAAAGAAACCAAUUUGUGUAA